AUGUCGCGGCCGCUCGGUGCGGGGUGCGGGCGGCGGGGCCGGGCGGCGGCGGGUCCCGCGCUCGGCAGCGGCAGGCGGCGCCUCGGCUCUGCCGCUCGCUCGGGCCCGCGCGCCGCUGCCCGCGGCCGCCCCGCCUCGCCCCUCCCCGGAGGCGGGGCGCGGGCGCGGCCGGCGCAGGAUGUGACAUCAGCCGGCGGGGGAAUCGAACUCGGGCCGCGGCUGCGGAGGGCUGGCGGGCGGGGCGCCGAGCCCGGCGGGGUCCCGCGCGCCCCGGCGCCCGCCGGCCGUCCCCUGCCCGCGGGGGUCGCCUGCCUGGCGCGCGCGGGCCUGCGGGCCGGGCACGGGCGGGCUCCGGAGGGGCCCGGGGCGCGACUCUGCGCGCCCAGGACGGCCCGCGGGGACCGGAGCCCGCGGGAGGAGCGCGGCCGCCGCGGCUUCCAGGGGCUUCUGCACGCGCGGCCUGCACAGAUUCUUGGGGCCCCCUUGAGGCACCCACAGGACCUUAAGGGGCUCCCGGAGUCUGGGUCCCGAAGGCCGCUGCGGGGGGCCGCCCUGGGCUCCGGACUCCGAGGGGCCCUCCCAUGCCCCCAUGGCGGACUCCGGCGCGGCCGCACAGGGCUGCGCGGGAGGCGCUUCUCACACCUGCGCGAGCCCGCGGGCCACCUGCUGCACCGCGCGGGCGUGAGCGGCUCCGCCCCCUGGCGCAGGCCCGGGAGCCGCCUGCUGCGGCCACAGCAGAGUUCGUGGCUUUCUGGCCAGCCCGAGCCCUUCCCGCGGCAGAAGGCCGGCAGCUGCCCCGGCCGGGAAACUUCGUUCCGCCUGCACUUGCUCUGGGCCAUGUCCAGCUCCACACUCUGGGGUCGCCUCCGGGGCCUGGGGCCAGAGCCGGGCCCCUGUGUGCGCCCCGCCCGGGACCGCUUUCGCAGCCUCAGCCCUCCCUUCUGA